CACGUGAUCUGUCACGUGUGAUAUUUAUUUCGUAUCACGUUUUUACACCGGGUUCGAAACGUGACCAGUCACGUUCCGGAGCCCAACUUCCCACGUGACUCGUUACAUGCCCUCUUCGAAAAUUUCACCAAUAACAUCCCUGGCCACCAAUGUCCUUGGAAGAAAUCAUCUCAGAGGACUUCGGCUUCAAAGUCUCGCCUGACUCGGCUGACGAUGGCCGCCCCAUCUUUGCAUCCGGAGUCAAUCUCGACGAAUACAGCAUCGACGACCUCCAUCUCCUCGAUAUCGCCAACUCCUCUGGUUAUGUCGUCAUCUCCAAUGGAUCCUCCAUCAAAUUGGACAAGGUCGCCAAAUUGGACUCCGAAUUCACUCCAGAAACUCUCCACGAAUUGCUGGUUCUGCCUGACUCCCAUAUCACCCAAGUGUACUUUAAUAGUUUGGGAAACGAAGUGUACAUCAUCAACAACUCCAAGCUUCAAUGGAUGAAGCUCGAAGGCAGCCUCAGCACGCAUCCCUCGACCACAGCAUUGGAGAUCAAAGCCAUUGCACCUUCUCAGUCGAACAGCAUAGCCUUGUUGACCACCAGUGAUGAGUUGUAUGUCCUCCAGGGAUCGCAAUUGACCCAAAUAUCCUCGGAAGUAGCACGCUUUGCGUGGUCUCACUCGGGAAAAAUCCACUUCACGAAGCGUGGAUCAUUGCAUAUCCAGUCAGAGCACGGUGAAACCGUUCCUUUCGACGCGUCUGUCGAGGAAAGCGAGGAUUUGAACAAUUAUAACUCGGUAUUCAUCAAAGAAUUGGCUCCCGAUGCCUGGCUUUCCGUUUACGAGUCAAAUGACUCGGAAUUGGACGACCAUAUCAUCAAAUCCUUCGUGAUACACAAAAAAAAUGGCCAGUAUAUCACCAGCCAAACCGAUAUUGCCGAUCCUUUCGGAGGGGUUGCUCGUGCCAUCUCCUAUUACACUCCACGUUUGGACAACUGGAUCGAGGACCAAUCAGUACAUUUUAUAACUUCCUCCUUGGUGUCUGAUUGGGGAGCAUUUAGCAUCAAGGGUGGCGAAAUUGCGACCAUAUCUCCCGCUGAGGAUACUUCCAGAGCCACUUUUCCGCUUGAUGAAGAAACCUCUGAUGAUUUGACCUCCGUCGGUGCUGCCAUUGACCUUACCAGGAGCGACACCAUUGUGGAUAAUCCCUGUCCAGGAGUGGAAGAGUACAAAGGAUUGCCCAAAUUAUACACCUUGUUGAACAACGGUAAGCUUAUAAGUUGGUGGAUAAUAGACAAACAGGCGCUUCAGAACCAAUCAGCAGACUUGGCUAGAGCGUUGAAAUCAUCUUCAGGAACUAAUAGCCUCACCAACCUUCCAGGUUCGAGUUUUAAUGCAGAUAAUUCGGCUCCGGACUCGAAAGACAAUUUCAAAAAAGUAGGAGCCUUUGGGUCAUUUGGUACAACCCCUUCUGAAAACCCAUUCGGCUCGUCGACAUCAGACAAUCCAUUUGGGUCGUCGACCUCUAAUGUAUUCAAACAGAUCCCAAGUUCAGAAAAGAACGAACCAGCAUCGAACAAAGAAAUUCCUGCCCUGGCCCUAGCUUCCAGUGGACCCCAAUUGUCGAACAAUUUAACUUCUGGCCAGGGCUUUGGCCAGUCGUCAUUUGGCCAGCCCAGCUUUGGACAAACCAUGUUUGGGCAAAGCAACCUGAACAAGCCAAAAAAUUCAGGUCCAAUCAUUACGUCCAAUUUCGGCCAGUAUGGUAACUCGUCAGACGUAUCACAAGUGAAGAACCAAGGAAGUUCGCCCUUUGCUUCUGUUCAAAACACAGCCUCCCCAUUUGGCUCUGUACAAAAGACCGAUUCGCCGUUUGGUUCUGUGCAAAAUACGGCUUCUCCAGUUGGUUCUGUUAAANACAAAGCUUCACCAUUCGGUUCUGUUCAAGACAAAGCUUCACCAUUUGGUUCCGCGCAAAAGACAGACUCGCCAUUUGGUUCUGAUAAAAACAAAGCUUCACCAUUCGGUUCUGUUCAAGACAAAGCUUCACCAUUUGGUUCCGCGCAAAAGACAGACUCGCCAUUUGGUUCUCAAAAUACGGCUUCUCCACUUGGUUCUGGCCAGAACACAGCCUCUCCAUUUGCAAGCUUACUGAAUCCAAGACCUAGUCUGAAUGAAUCAAAGCCAUCACCACAAGCUGUGAUACUGCCAAAGCCUGAAAUAGAACUGGAAAAACCACCAGCUUUGUCUAUGAGCAAUUUGGGAAUCUCAGUUCCUGCAAAAAAGCCUGAAUCGGCUGCAUCGAAAACUUCGAGUUCACCUUUUGGAGCCUUGCUGGACAACACAAAAUCACCAUUUGGCCAGUUGAAGCUUGAGCCUGGGGCCCCAUUGGAAAAAUUGAAUGAUAAGCCAGCAUCUCCUUCCUUCGGCUUGAACAUCAAACCAGCUGCCAUAGUGAAUCAGGCAAAGAACACAUCGACACCAUUGUUUGAAAAAAAACAGUCCUAUUCGAAUUUGCUGGCUGAAAAAGCUAAAGCACCUCUUUUGCAACAAACAGGGAAACCUAGUUUCAGUCUUGCGACUUCAAGUUCAAACACAGUGAACACUGUAACUGAGGAAGAGUCCGGCAAUAAAGAGCAGGACGAUGCUGAGUCCAUCGUCAGCAAUUUAGACGAUUCAGAGGGUUCCGAGGAAGAAUACUCAGAGGAUACUAGUAAGUCUUAUGUGGAGGUUGAGGGAGAAGACGAAAGUGGUCUGGAGGAAAGCUUUGUGGAUUUGAAAGAAUUGCCCCAGAAGAAAGCCAGCCAGAAGCGUCUUAGUGACGAAGAGAUCGUGGAGAGACAAAUCAAGGCCCUUGAAUCCCAUGGAAUAUUCAAGCAGAAGGACCUCAAGGUGUUUUCAGGGCUCACUGAGCAGGUAAAGACUGGAAACGCUAUCAGGGAUUCUAUAUUGAACAUCAUAAAUGAGACAGAUGGCCAGUUUGCAGUCGUCAAGAAUAAUUUGUCGGUGUUGAAGCACCAAAUCGAGUUUCAGGCAGCGGAAGAUGGCGUGCAUUUGGAUUCUCCAGAAACAUUGAAGCAUGCCCAGCAUUGGAGGCUUGCACAGACACCAGAUUUGGCGGAAAUGACUAGAAAAAUUGCUGUAGAGGCUGCCGAAUACUUUCAACUGGUUGCCAACAAUGAUAAGGAAAUUGCUGCGAUUGUGGAAAGAAUCAAAAAGGCCCAGUCGGACAGAAUUGCCAUCGACAAGUUGUUUGGACAGGUCCAAGCCCUCGCAAGCUUUGCCAGCAACAAGAACGUCCUUGAACGGUCGUUAGAUCUUCCCAGCGAGAACUUGCAGGCCAGCUUGCGCAAGAAGUUGCAACGAGUCAGGGCUCUCGAGAGCGAGCUUCUCACCAAAAUGGCUCCGUUGAAGACCAAAUCGAUGUUGCGGGAGGAUGUGGUCAAGAACUUGGAGAAGGCAGUUUAUGAGGUGAAUCAACAAACCAAAGACCGGGUGGGUGAGGUCGAGCAGUUGCUUGUUCGCGUGGAAGGUUUGGACUUGGAUUCCAGCACCAAGACAGUGGCCAUUAGAGAGGCACUGACACGGAAUACGACCGUGGCCUUGAGAAAAUGGCACAAGGGCCGUAGCAUGAGUGCUCGAGCAGGUGUUUUCGUUGCACAGGAGCUCCCAUAACCCAUCCAAAGUACGUUCCGACAAGACUGUGUUUAACCAUUGACUUCAAUGCAGGGAAAAUCAUCCCAAAUUUUGCUAUGAGUAUGAUUCAACAACUAUUAAUCCAAUCUAUUUUCCACGACUGUUCAACGACCAGGCUAAAAUUAUCGUCCAGAAAGGAUCUAUAAUUAAAUCGACGAAGAUCCCAUUUUGUCCUCUACGAGCGUCCAUUGCAGGCCAUUGAGUCUUCCUUCUAGACAUUUGGUUGCGGCUGACUAGAACUGAAUGGAGAGAAUUAAGUCGUUGGGAUAAAUCCACUUCUACUCUGGAACACCCAUACCUUCUGUUCCAGCGUUCAGUCGCUACUCACUCGCGACAAGGGAAUACUACUCCAUAAGGUACUUCUAGUAAAUAUAUAAAUAUACCCGUUCUUCAUGUACUUCUUCAUAAUUCCCCUCCAUCGGAAUACAAAUCAUAAAUGUCAGUGCUUGGUAUAGUAU